CCUCCGCCCGGCCUGGUGCUCACCGCGCUGUGGGCCGCGGCGGCGCUGCUGGGCGCGCUCUCCCUGCUCGGGCCGCCGCCCGCGCCGCCCCCGGCCCCGGCUCGCUGCUCCGUCCUGGCCGGGGGCCUCGGGCCCUUCCGACCGCUCUGGGCGAUGCUGGCCGUCGCGCUCCCCGCCCUCCUGCUGCUGGGCGCCUACGGCAGCAUCUUCCUGGUGGCGCGCCGCGCUGCCCUGCGGCCCCCGCCUCCCGCGCGCGGAGCCCGGCCGCGCUCCGACUCUUUGGAUAGUCGCCUCUCCAUCCUGCCGCCCCUCCGGCCUCGCCUGCCGGGGGGCAAAGCCGCCCUGGCCCCCGCGCUGGCCGUGGGCCAAUUCGCAGCCUGCUGGCUGCCUUACGGCUGUGCGUGUCUGGCGCCCGCCGCGCAGGCCGCAGCGGCCGAGGCGGCCGUCACCUGGGUAGCCUACUCGGCCUUCGCGGCUCACCCCUUCCUGUAUGGCCUGCUGCAGCGCCCUGUGCGCCGGGGACUGGGCCGCCUCGCCCGCCAAGCCCUGCCUCGGCCCCCGCGGGUCUGCCCUUUGCGGGCCUGGCACCCGCGGGCACUCCUGCAGCACCUCCAGGGACCUCCGGAGGGCCCUGCCCUAGGCCCUUCUGAGGCACCAGAACAAACUCCGGAUUUGGCAGGAGGGGAGAGCCUCAGCAUGCCGAAGGCCGUCUGAGAGGAGGGAGAUCUGUCUCAUGCGCUGAACUGGGACUGGAGAAAGGAGGGUGGUAUCAGAAGGGGCCCGUCCAGCCUCCUGCACGGGUUGUGGCAAGUGUCCUGCUUAGACGUUUGGCUCUGGCUCUGGCAGAAAGUAGGCCUGCAGCCUGGUGAGGCCCAGAGGCUUCUGGGAGCUAGGAGUCCUGGGCUCUGGGCCUAACUGUGCAUGGCCUCGCGCACAGACCUACCCCUCCCUAGGCCUCAGUUUUCCCGUUUGUACCCUGGACCAUCUCUAAGGGCGUCUCCAGUGUCCAGUGGUUUAGACACCCAUGGAUGAUGCCCAAGCCAAGGACAGAGCAGAGGUGGGCAGGACACAAAGAGAGCCCUAAGGGCUCACAGCCAAAGGGAUGGGCCAAGCAGGGCAGGAUCUAGGUUAUAGCCACAGCAGGAGGAACCAGCGGAGAGACACUCAAAGACUUCCCUGACAUCUGAACCAAGGAGAGGUUGGACAAAGCUACUGGAACUCCUUCAUCAGCUUCUAAAGUGCCCAGAAAACAACCAGAUCGGUACGGUGCUAGAGGCAGGAGGUUGGACAUGUCCCCCCAAAAGGUCCUGAAGCCCCAGAACCAGCAUGUGGAAGGGGCUGAGGCCCAACUGGGGCUGGUGGACUCACAGAUGGGGGUCCCUGGGGCCUCGGCUCACCCAUUAUCUGGAAGUUUUGCCAAUACCCACAGUGUUUCACAGCUUCCUGGUCGCAGAAUAUUUAUUCAAAAACAGGAAUUGAAAAAACUGUA